CCCUUCCCUGCAGCAAGUGCACCUGCGUUUGUGUCUUGACACGUAUUGCACAUGUCUGCCCUGCCAGGUGGGUGUUUCUCUCUCAAAUACAAGUCAGUCCACAAAAUACAGCUCACUCCAUGCCAGACCACACAAAUCAUCCAUCCAUCCAUCCAUGUAAGAAGGUCAGUACACGAUGACAAACAGCAGGCACCCAGAAGCACUUAAGACUUGCUUUCCCUCCAGCCUGCUUUCCCUAGCUGCUGCUCUCGCCGCCGUCCUCUCAUCGGUGAUCGGCCAGCGGCAAUCACAUGACAAAGGAAUACAGACGGGAUGAAUUUUGACAUGACAAUCGGUGUGAUGUCAUGUUAUGUGUGUGACAAAGGCAGUGAGUGAGUGAUGCCAUCCGUCCACUCCACUUACAGUACAGUCAGUGACAGCACAGCCGUCCCCCCGUGUGUUUCCGUUCAGCAGCAGCACUUUCGGCUCCGACCUGUAUACACACACACAUGAUUGAACACACGUGUUCAUCAGAUACAUACAUACUGCGAGCGCCGAGCGGGCCCAUGUGUGGCUACUUACGUGGCGGAUAGCGACGCCCCCACCAGCAGCAACGGUCGCAGCAAUUGUCGCCGGGCGGGCCUCCCCCGCCACCACCACCGUCUCGGUCACACCAGCAGACGCACAGCAACCGCACACAGCAACACUCAUCCGUAGCGACAUCCGGUUCCGCCACAGCAACUGCGUGUAGCUGACACACACACACGCGCGCACGCACACACACACACAGGUACGUGUUGUGUUGGAUUCAUGUAUCUUUUUCCAGCCAGACAAACAAGUACCAUGGGCAUUGGUUGGCGAGAACUCUCCUGCUGAGGCGCCGCGCGCGGAACAUGGUAGUAAAUCGGGGCCGCAACCUGACGUCACACAGGAGUGUGUGAGGUCACUCAUGAUGCCAUCUUGGCCGUCUUGUGUCUACCUGCUGAUAAGCCGGUGGCCAGUAAGUGGUUCUGUAGGUGGGGCGUGUGGCGGUGAAGGGCUGCGAAGACACCUGUACCUGCACACACGACCAGCACCGAGACGAGAGAUCUCUCCUCACCAUUCACACGCAGUUUCUUGUCCAUUGACCUGCUGCUCUGGCCCUCGUGUCAGUCCCUCAGUCACCUCCUGACCAUACAGUGCCAUACAACAGACAUUCUGUAGGGAAAGCACAAAACCGCUCUGUACCACUUCGAGCAUCUGUGUCCGAAUGUUGGUGCCAUGGUGAACAUCCGCCUGUGUCGCAUAUGCCAACGGCGGUGUGCGGGGGAUCGGUGGCGUGAGACGUUCUUGAGGCAACGUUGACACUGGCAGACAGACGCAGACGCAGAAGCAGAAAACAACAUGAGUGCGCUCAACAUUCACGUGUUUGCUAUGUGUCCUCACGUUGCGGCGAUGGCACGUAGCUUUCCACCACCGAUGGUUGCUCGCGGACAGCCAACAUACCUACACACGCACACCACGGGGCCAAUGAGUCCAACAAGAGGGUCUGCCUCCUUCUGUCGUUCUCUCUUCCUCGCUGCUGUGGCCUCUCCUGACGUGCAAAUGGGAGUCAAUGACUAUGGGAACAGGCAAG